AUGAAGCAACGAAUAGUUUUGAAGGUUGAUAUGAGCGAGAGUGAGAAAUCAAGGAAGAAGGCAAUGAAAAUCGUGUCCGGAACAUCAGGUGUAACAUCAGUUACAAUUCAAGGACAAAACGAUCAGUUGGUUGUUUUAGGAGAAGAAAUCGACACGGCGGAGCUAACUCGUGAGCUAAGGAAGAAAGUUGGACCCACGACUAUCAUCGCCGUUCAGGUCGCACCACCGCCACGGCCACAGCAGCAGCAGCAGUCGCAGACUUAUCAAUUGGGAGAGCAUUACAACGAGAUGGCUCCAGCGAGAAGAUGCAUAUGUGAGAUUCCGAAUUCGGGUUAUUGUGGAUUUUGUAGAUAUAUGGGUCAAAACAGUUAUCCGAUGGUGGCUCCGUCGUACCAUACUCCGGUGAUGUACGGUGGUUACCGUGAUGAGCCCGAUGGUUGUAGUAUCAUGUGA